AUGGGGAAAGCAGUACAAUGGCCGCCGAAAUCCAGCAAACCCGACUCGAAGAAGGAUCCCUCGAAGUGGUGUGACUUCCAUGCCGACAUUGGUCACACUACCAAUGAGUGCGUAGCACUAAGAAGAGAAGUGGCUUAUUUACUAAAGAACGGAUACCUCAAGGACGUUAUGUCAGACAAAGCUCGUGGCGUUAUCAACAAAGACAACUCCAAUUCUCCUUCUCGACCUCCUCCACCUCCCCCUCAUACUAAAACUGUAAAUUUUAUUGCUAGAGGUUCUGACGUUUGUGGUUUAACUUAUUCUGCAGCGAAGAGCUCCACCAAUGUUAUGAUGCUCGACGACCUUAAGGAGAUGGGGCUUAACCCAGACACAGAUGUCGUGAAGAAGUCCACAGUAUUGAUAGGAUUCAGCGGCGAAGCGAAGACUACCUUUGGAGAAGUCACUCUACCCGUCUACGCCCAAGGGGUCAACCAACAGUCUAGUCCCGACCCGACAGGUUACAAAGAGCCCAAGUCUGAACAGCUCGACGAAGUCAUUUUAGAUCCUACUAAGCCAGAGCAAGUCGUCUUUAUUGGAUGCGACGUGCCUGACAUCACCAGGUCGGAGCUCAUAACAUUUCUCAAAGCCAAUGCAGAUGGUUUCGCAUGGUCCCACGAAGACAUACCAGGUAUCAGUCCUGAUGUCAUCACUCACAAGCUCAGUGUCGACCCACAUCACAAACCCGUCAAACAGAAACGACGGAAGUUUGCCCCAGAACGCAACCAAAUCAUCAACGACGAGGUCCAACAGCUACUAGACACCGGGAAGAUCAGGGAAGUCAAAUACCCAGAUUGGUUGGCCAACGUCGUAGUAGUAAGAAAGAAGAACGGGAAAUGGCGUGUUUGCAUAGCCUUCACCUACAUCAACAAAGCAUGCCUUAAAGACUCCUUCCCAUUGCCCCACAUCAACGCCAUGGUAGAUGCCACUGCCGGGCACGAGAUGCUCACCUUCAUGGACGCCUUCACUGGGUAUAACCAGAUUCUGAUGCACCCAGACGAUCAGGAGAAGACCGUCUUCAUCACGGAGCGAGAAACCUACUGUUACAAAGUCAUGCCUUUCGGCCUAAGGAACGCCGGUGCCACCUAUCAACGGCUCGUCAACAAGAUGUUCAGGAAAUAG